CCAUUUCCUCAAAGAUUGAUCUAUCAACAGAAAAGUACCCAUUACAAUGAGAUGUUAGAUCUGUUCAAGAGAGUCAACAUCAACAUUCCUUUUCUUGAAGCAAUCAAGCAAAUCCCUGCUUAUGCCAAAUUCCUCAAAGACUUGUGUACUCAAAAGCGCAAGCUCAAUGUGCACAAACGUGCUUUCUUAGCUGAGCAGGUGAGUUCCAUCAUUCUGAACAAAACUCCACCCAAGUUUAGGGAUCCAGGAUGUCCAACAAUUUCUUGCACUAUAGGAGAACACACGGUCAAUAAAGCGUUAUUAGGCCUAGGUGCAAGUGUUAACCUACUGCCAUAUUCUGUUUAUGAUCAGUUAGGUCUUGGGGAGAUGCCCUCACGUUGGUCGAGACAAGACCGCUCUAAAUUCCUGGCUGAAGUUAAACAUUUCCUUUGGGAUGACCCAUAUUUGUUUAAGUACUGCCCAGACCAAAUCAUUAGGAAAUGUGUCCCCAACACCGAAGCCUGUGAACGUUGUCAGAAGUUGGGAAGCAUUUCAAGGAGAAACAUGAUGCCAUUGAAUCCUAUUCUGAUUGUUGAGAUUUUUGAUGUUUGGGGGAUCGACUUCAUGGGUCCAUUUCCCAUGUCUGACAGCAAGUUGUACAUCUUAGUCGCCGUUGACUACGUCUCCAAGUGGGUAGAAGCCAUCGCAACCAGAACAAAUGACCACAAGGUGGUACUUUCCUUUUUAAAGGAAAACAUAUUUUCACGUUUUGGUACCCCGAGAGCUAUCAUCAGUGACGGUGGCUCCCAUUUCUGCAAUAGGCACUUCGAGAUUUUAGUACGCAAGUAUGGAAUAACUCACAAGGUUGCUACUCCGUACCACCCUCAGACCAGUGGACAAGUGGAAGUGUCUAAUAGGGAAAUCAAGCACAUUCUAGAAAAGACGGUUAACCCGUCUAGGAAAGAUUGGUCAAUAAGAUUGAAUGAUGCUUUGUGGGCCUAUAGAACAGCGUAUAAGACACCAAUUGGCAUGUCCCCCUAUCGUAUAGUGUAUGGAAAGCCGUGCCAUCUUCCUGUGGAGUUAGAACAUCGAGCUUAUUGGGCAAUUAAGCAACUGAACUUUUCUCUGGACGAAGCUGGAAUUCAACGGAAACUUCAACUCAACGAGUUGGAAGAAUUGAGAAAUGAGGCUUAUGACAGUGCCAGGUUAUAUAAGCAGAAGAUGAAGAUAUUUCAUGACAAGCGUAUUCUACGCAAAUCCUUCACUCCUGGUCAGAAAGUCUUGCUGUAUGACUCCCGAUUACAUCUUUUUCCAGGAAAACUGCGUUCCAGAUGGAAGGGUCCGUACCUAGUACGCACAGUUUUUCCUCAUGGAGCUGUAGAGCUGGAGGAUGUUUCCAACAAGAACGUUACUCAUGAUCUCAAGUGGCCUGUUACUCCUAUUCGAAUUGUGGGCCCUUACAUUUAUGGUUGGGAUGAUCUUGGUAAUGUUCUUCCUCGUAUUCCUGAGAUGCACGCCCAUCUGCCUGCCUAUAAACCUUGGGAGCUUAAGUGGGUUAUCCCUCGUAGGCGUUUGUCUCAGUCAGCCCGAGCUAGUGAGGAUGCUAAGAGGAGAAGAUUAGCUGAUCGUGUUUGGCCAUCGAAUGCUCCUGCUGCUGCGAUUGAACAUGCCAUGGAAGUGGAUGUGGAUGUUUUGUUUGGUGGGAAUGAAAUGUUGGAUGUCUCCGAUUCAUUCUUCGAGGACCUUGAUCAAACUUUGUUGGAUGAUCCUUCCGAUCAUGGUGCUUCCUUUGUAUCGGAGAUAACUCUGCCCCAGGCGAGGGAUAUCGCUGGCGGGAGUGCAGAUGUUGGUGGAGAUGGUCUUAUUGUGACUCCGAGUAUUGGUGGUGGCACCCCGAGUGUACCAAGCAACUUUGCUAGUGGUUUUCCUUCUGCUCCAGCGAGUCUGUCUGGUGCUUCUUCUUCUACGCCCUGGUUUAGUGGAGGAUCCGAGUCGAUGAAGGUCAUAUGCUCGGACAAUUAUGCUCAGCUGAGCGAUGAUGAGCAAGCUCGUGUCCUGGCGUCUUCGGACAGAUCUGCACAGCAACAGCUAGUGCUAUCGAGCAACAAUUUGAGGAUUGGUAUGCUAGACGAGGCUCGCGUGGCUAUGAAGAAGGCCAAAGCUGCUGACCAAUAG